UAUAUUAGUUCCCUAUAUAUUUUUUAAACGAAUUAAAGUAAAUCUAUUGGAGAAAUCUCCAAAAUUUUCUUUGUCCUAAAUAUUUUUUUUUAUUUGGUGAAAACGAUUUAGCAGAAAAAAAUGUCGGCUUCACGUAUUUUCAGUGUCGUUGGCCAACUAUCGAGGAGGCAAUUAAUGCAAAAUAAGUGCAAUCGUGUUAUUGCCCAAAAUGUAAGACUGAUGUCUGCCGCUACAGCUGGCCAGAAAAAUAUACGCACCAAAGUGGUAGAUGGUGUAUUGGUGGUCACUUUGGAUUGUCCCGGUGUCAAGGUCAAUUCAUUGGGUGAAGCUGUUAGCCAGGAAUUUGAACAAGUGCUUAAGGAAUUGGAAACCAAUGGCCAAGUCAAUUCGGCGGUAUUGAUUUCAGCCAAACCUGGUUGCUUUGUGGCCGGCGCUGAUAUCGGCAUGUUGGAGAAGUGCGAAACAGCAGCUGAGGCUACUCGUGUCUCCAAGGAUGCUCAAUAUAUGUUUGAGCGCAUGGAACGUAGCCGCAAACCUAUUGUGGCCGCCAUUAAUGGUGUUUGUUUGGGUGGUGGCUUGGAGUUGGCUUUAGCCUGCCACUAUCGUAUUGCCACCAAGGACAAAAAGACUAAAUUGGGUUUGCCCGAAGUAAUGUUGGGUCUUUUGCCCGGUGGUGGUGGUACCGUACGUCUGCCCAAGUUGACUGGUCUUCCCACAGCACUCGACAUGGAAUUGACUGGUAAGCAAUUGCCUGCCGAUCGUGCCAAACGUGCCGGUAUUGUUGAUCUAUUAGUGAAUCCUUUGGGCCCUGGUCUAGGUCCAGCUGACCAAAUAACCAUAGAGUAUUUGGAAAAAGUAGCUGUUCAAGUAGCCAACGAUAUUGUCAGCGGUAAGAUAAAGGUCAACCGCGAAAAGUCUGGUUUGGUAAACAAACUCACUGCUAUGGCCAUGGACACUGAUUUUGUUAAAAACAAAAUUUUCGACACCGCCCGCAAACAAGUCUUGAAGAUGACCAAUGGUCUUUAUCCCGCUCCUUUGAAAAUCCUUGAUGUUAUACGCACUGGUGUCGAUAAGGGACCCGUAGCUGGCUAUUCUGCUGAAAGUGAAGGCUUUGGCUACUUGUCUGCCACUCCCGAGUCCAAGGGUUUGAUUGCUUUGUUCCGCGGCCAAACCGAAUGCAAGAAAAAUCGUUUUGGCAAGCCCCAACGUGAAGUGAAAACCGUGGGUGUUUUGGGUGCUGGACUUAUGGGUGCCGGCAUUGUACAAGUCACCGUAGACAAGGGUGUUAAGACUGUCAUGAAAGAUGCCACCGAUGCUGGUUUGUCACGCGGCAUUGGCCAAGUACAAAAGGGUCUUGAAACGGCCGUCAAGCGUAAACGUAUUUCUGCCUUAGAUCGUGAUCAAGUUCUUUCGAAUUUGGUUCCCACUCUGGACUAUAACGAAUUCAAAAAUGCCGAUAUGGUUAUUGAAGCUGUAUUCGAGGACAUUAAGAUCAAGCACCGUGUCAUCCAAGAACUCGAAGCUGUUGUGCCCCCACACUGUAUUAUUGCCACCAACACUAGUGCCAUACCCAUUACAAAAAUUGCUGCCGGUAGCUCUCGUCCCGAGAAUGUUGUAGGCAUGCAUUACUUCUCGCCUGUAGAUAAGAUGCAAUUGCUCGAAAUCAUUACUCAUCCCGGUACCUCGAAAGACACUAUUGCCUCGGCUGUAGCCAUGGGCUUGAAACAAGGCAAGGUUGUCAUCACCGUGGGAGAUGGUCCUGGUUUCUAUACCACUCGUAUUUUGGCCACCAUGUUGUCGGAAGCUAUUCGUUUACUACAAGAAGGCGUAGAUCCCAAAGAACUUGAUGGCUUAUCCAAGAAAUUCGGUUUCCCAGUUGGUGCAGCCACCUUGGCCGAUGAGGUUGGCAUUGAUGUAGGCUCUCACAUUGCUGUUGAUUUGUCCAAGUCCUUUGGUGAACGUUUCAGCGGCGGUAACUUGGCUGUCAUGCAAGAUAUGGUUAUGGCUGGUUUCUUGGGCCGCAAAUCCGGCAAAGGUAUCUUUAUGUACGACAGCCAAUCCAAGGGCAGCCGUCCCGUUAAUAUGGAGGCUGUGGAAAUUCUUAAACAAAAGUAUGCUUUGGUUUCCAAGGGAGCCAACACACCCGAAGACAUGACCCUGCGUAUGGUAUCACGUUUCGUCAAUGAGGCUGUUUUGUGUUUGGAAGAGAAGAUUUUGCACAAUCCCUUGGAAGGUGAUGUAGGUGCUGUAUUCGGUCUUGGUUUCCCUCCAUUCUCCGGUGGUCCCUUCCGUUGGGUUGAUCACUUUACCGCCGCCAAAUUGGUUGACAAAAUGUACUCGUACGCUGACCUUUAUGGAGCUCCCUUCAAACCUGCCCAAACCCUAGUCGAUAUGGCCAAAGACACCUCGAAGAAAUUCUAUCCUAAAAAUACUGGUGCCUCCAGUUCUAAAUUGUAAACUAAAUUGUUGUAAACUCCUAGUGCUAAGUUAAAACAAAGUCGCCGAAGUGUGUAACCACUCACUCAACCUUAAAAGUAAUUUAUAUACAUACUACAUAGAUUUUUUUUAUUUUAUUUUGUAAACGAAAGAAAUUCGACAGUUCAACUGCAUUUAAAAAGUCCUUACUUCAUGUUCUAUUGCAAAUAGACUAGACUUCUUUAAGUAAAUCAUGCAAAUAUAUUCAAAAUUUUAUUUUUAAACAGUAA